AGAGAGAGAGAGAGGAAGAGGAGAAGCUUAGUCUUGCACCAUACAAACCUCUGCUUACCCCGUUCCGCCUUCAACCGCAACCAUUACAAAGCCUCCACCCUUCUCUGUUCUUCUUCUGAUGGCAAUGGUGAUGGACCAGCAACAGCCAGAGCAACAGCAGCAGCAGCAGACGUACAGGCACUAUUGCCGGAUAUGCAAGAAGGGGUUUGGCUGCGGGCGCGCCCUCGGGGGCCACAUGCGCGCUCACGGGAUCGUCGACGACUACGCGGCCGACGCUGAGGAUGACCCCUCCGGCUGCAGCGACUGGGAUGGCAGGAUGAAUUCGGCGGCCGCCGGCACCAAGCGGAUGUACGCGCUCCGCACCAACCCCGCCCGCCUCAGGAGCUGCCGCGUCUGCGAGAACUGCGGCAAGGAGUUCCUGUCGUGGAAGUCAUUCCUCGAGCACGGCAGAUGCAGCUCCGAGGAGGAGGAAGAGGAGGAGGAGGAAGAGGGCUACGAGUCUGUGCCCGCCUCGUCCAGGUCCGAGGGUGACGUCGAUCUCGCGGGGUGGAGUAAGGGCAAGCGAUCCCGGCGCGCGAAGGUGGUCGGGAUGAGCGAAGAGGAGGACCUCGCCAGCUGCCUGAUGAUGCUGUCCGCCGCCCGUGUCGAGCCGGCGGCUAUCGCCGAGACCGAGGAGUCGUGUGCGUCCGCGAGCAAGGAGGACGACCGGCGGCAGCAAACGGUCGCGGUCGGUGUCACGACGGAGAUUCCUCAGGGUCCUGCAUUCUUGCCGCCGGCGCAACCGAGCGUUCCCAGGGGGACGUUCGAGUGCAAGGCUUGCAAGAAGGUCUUCAGCUCGCACCAGGCGCUGGGGGGCCACCGGGCCAGCCACAAGAAGGUCAAAGGCUGCUUCGCCGUCAAGCACGACGGCCUCGACGAGGCCCCGCCCGACGACGAGGUGAUCACCCACGAGAACGUGGCGGCCGCAUCGACCUCGACGGCGAUCGUGCCGUUCGAUGACCCGGCUCCCCUGGCCAUUACGCCGCUCAGAAAGAGGUCGAAGGUGCACGAGUGCUCCAUCUGCCACCGCGUGUUCACGUCGGGGCAGGCGUUGGGCGGGCACAAGCGGUGCCACUGGAUCACGUCCAGUUCGCCGGACCCCGGCCUAAAGCUCCAACCCUUACCGCACCACGCCAACCUUCCCCACCAGCUGACGCUUAGACCCAUGUUCGAUGAACCUCUCGAUCUCAACCAGCCUGCGCGCGCCGAUGAGAUCGCUCGAGGGACGAGGGACAUCGGGAGUCCAUUACGACUCCAAAUGCCUGCAGCGAUCUACUUACAGGCAUGGAUCGAUCGCCGCGACGUCGGCAGAAACAGAGCCUGUGCCACCAGCAGUGACAAGAACGACGAUCACAAUAACGUCCACGGCAAGGACGACAACAACACCGAGAUGUCUGGUCUCAACGUGGACGACGAAGUGGACAGCAAAGUAAAGAGAGCGAAGCUGAGCGAGCUGAAGGACAUCAACAUGGGAGAAGACAGCUCCCCUUGGUUGCAGGUGGGGAUUGGUUCGUCUGCCAACGAGAGCAGUGAAGCAUGA